GACCCCACUCUUAAAAGGGCGAUGCAGGCGACGGCUCAGCGGGAGAAAAGGCGUCUUCUAGAUGCACAGCGCGGCAAGUGCAGGGUGCGCUUGGGCUCCCACCUUGAUGAGUGGUGUGCGCUAAAGGAUCACUUGGGGUUUGCACAGCAUGCGCAGUUGGCCAAAUUCCUGCUGGACAGCUAUAUAUCAACUACCAGCCCCGACGGUUAUGUUCCGAAAGCAAUCGCAUUCCUUUCUGUAUCUCUCUCAUCGCUGAAACAUCUGGCUUUCCUGUGUCACCAACAUGGCAGAGACUGUCCAACUACACCCACCAUCUUGCCACCAUCACAUUCUUGUGAGGACCUGGAAAUGCCGGUUUUACUGUGGGGUUGCAAAGAGCACCGGUUCAGUUGGAAUCCACGUGAUUGCAUCAAAGACAAGGAAGCCAACUUUGGUCUUGGAGAAAAGACACCGGAUGCCACAGAAAGCUUGUCUGAUGAGACAGAUCCACAAGAGAAGGAUUCUGAGUCAGUUUGUACGUUGGGAUCACAAAGAGGAGAAGAGCACGACCAAUGUGGGUCCAGGACUUACUCUCAGGGAGGUGACACGGAACCAACCAGUGUAGUGAGUUUAUCUGAGAGCGACACCACUUUUGACAGAAGUGAAGAGAAUAUUGUUGAACCAUUACUACAAUAUAAUGGUGAGAACAGAAUUGAGGAGUUGGUGGAGAGCACAGCCGAUGACAGACAGCAGUUAACUACUUCAAAUGAGGAAGAACCAAAGACUACUGAUGAGAGCCAGCAGCAGAUUCCAGAGAUAGGUGUGAAAGUGUUCCAACUAGAGCAAACUACUCUGCCAGCGCCCACCAUAGAGGACAGGGAAAGGACACAUUCUGAAGGGCUAAAAUCAGUCACUCAGGAUCCUUCAGUUCUUGAAGUGGCAGAUAACUGCUCAAUAAACUCUUCGAAAAAGGAAACCCCAGAAACUCCUUCAGUUUGGAGCACCAGACGUCAGCGAACCGGUGUCCAACAGCCACAAUCCUACCACAGGGCCACAGCGGAUGAGCCAGAGGCAGCUUUACUUGUUGUGUGUAGACGAUCCCCUCGUAGUAGCAAGCAAUCCCAGAAGAAAACAGACAGCAAGGAGCAAGUGUCUUACUCCAGGGCACGGUGUAGACUGACCUACAAGGCUCCUACUCAGAAACAAGAACUCACAGGCGAUAUAACUCCUGAGGCCGAAACAAACGAGGAGAUAUGUCCUAUAGAAGAGUCUAUUGUAGAGGAAGUUAUUGGACCAAAUGUGUCAGCGGAGGACUUGGACAGUUUGGAUACUACAGAGGAGCAGCAGAUGUUGGAAGCAGAACAGAGCCCAUUAAGUGAAUCAAUAUGGAAGGCAGACGAUGGGAGUCUGCCAGUUCAGGUGCCAGAAAGAGAGCCGCCUCCAGUUGAGAGUGGAGAUCAGAAGGGCAAUCAGUGCAGAAUCCACAAGGUGAGCCGGCUAAAACCUGGUUUGGAUGAAGAACUGGCUCAGAUAUGUAAAAAAAGGAUCAGGCAAGCCACACCACCAGAGUUGCUGAUGUGUGAAUAUGAGAACUGCGGGAAGAUCUUUUCUAAGAGGCAAUAUCUGAAUUAUCACCAGAAGUAUCAGCACAUGAACCAGCGCACCUUCCGCUGCUCAGUACCCGACUGUGGGAAAACCUUCAACUUUAAGAAGCACCUUAAAGAGCAUGAAAAGAGACACAGUGAUCGGAGGGAUUUCAUCUGUGAAUUCUGCGCCCGGGCCUUCCGCAGCAGCAGUAACCUCAUCAUCCACCGGCGUAUUCACACUGGGGAGAAACCCCUUCAGUGUGAAUUCUGUGGGUUCACCUGCAGGCAGAAGGCAUCCCUGAACUGGCACAUGAAGAAGCACGAUGCGGCCUCUUCCUACCUGUACCCCUGUGACAUCUGCGGGCAGCGCUUUGAGAAGAAAGACAACCUUGCCGCUCACAAGAGUCGAAAGCAUCCUGAACCACGUCAAGGGGCUCCGCAGCCCUCUUUCGAGGGUGACGCUUCCUCUGCUGAGUAUUCAGGGCAGACCGAAUGCCAGGAGACUCUGACCGAGCUAACAGCUGUCUCUCAGGAUAGCAUUAAAGAGACUGUCUUCCCUGAGUAUCUAGACUUAACCGAGAGCGUACAAGAAGCCCAAGUAACAACGCAGGCUGAAGGCAGCACGGAGAUGUCAAUGGUGAUUGUCUUAUAG